UUCUAUGAACUCUAUGCUCUGCGGCAUGAGCUAGACUGUCUUAUUCUCCUUUCGAACCAUGACCUGGCUCUUGAACGUUUUGCUGCCAAAGAAAAGUUUGUACUGAGCGUGCUUAAUGACCCGUCCGCGUCUCGUCCAGAUUUGCCCGCAUUUUUGCAACGUUUCUCCCCUGCCUACCUCGCUUGUGGUGUGUUGCGUAUGGCCGUCGGCGUCUGUGAACGCCUUCGCCAGUAUGCUCGUGCUGCCAGUCUCAUUCGUGCCCUGUUGUACCCCGUUCCAAUCUCCAAGAAACAGAAACCUGCACCCUCCGUCUCCCUUCUUACACUGAUGGGAUCUCGAUCGGCCUGCAGACUUCUUCUACGUUUUAUAUUGGAUGAAGGAGUGCAUGGUGGCAAACACUUGGAAUGCCUCACUGCAAUACAGUCUCUGCUUUCUAUCUCGCCGGACAUGCCAGCUGCCUAUCUACGUGCUGGUUACCGCUUGGAGGUUAAACGCCAAGUUGGUCGUUUGCUAGAGACGGCUGCUCGUAGGGCUCCCGUGACUGCGGUCCGAAAGUCACGAAAACGCAAGGCAGACCAGGAGAUGGUAACGGAAAGUACAGAAGACCCCUUUACAACGAUCCGCGAUCUCAAUGAAGCUUUGGUGCCCUCCCUCAAGGAAGCACCAACGGUACGUUUUUAA